AUGGCCUCUGUGCUCCCGAAAAAGCGUGCCAUGCAGGGCUCGGGUGGCCGGCUGUCUGUGAAAUACGAUCUUAAUAGAAGAGUGGUAUCUGGACGUACCGUCUCUGGAGCCAGAUCUGUAUCUGGAAGCCGUCAUGUGAGCCGAGGAGACAUGUUCGUGGCGGCGGAGGACGACUCAUUUGCAGAAGAUGCCAUUGAUUUCCAUGAAAACAAAAACACCAUCAUGUCGAACUUCGAGGAGUGGAUCAAGCUCUCCACUGAUAACAAGAUCACUUCCAAGAACUCGUGGCAAUUUGCGCUUAUAGACUACUUUUACGACUUGAACGUGAUUAAAGACGGAGAUAAUAUCAACUUUCAGCGUGCCUCGGCUACUCUAGAUGGGUGUGUGAAGAUCUACUCCAGUCGAGUGGAGUCAGUCGCUCUGGAAACAGGAAAGUUGCUUUCUGGAUUGGCAAAGAAGAAGUCAGAUGAGGCCUUGGAAGAAGAGGAGGAAGAAGAAGAUAAUGGUGAGCAUGUGGACCCAGCUUCGUUGAGGAAAGAGAGGCGUGUGAACAGGGUAGUGGAGUCUACCUUGCUACUGGAGGAGGCUCUUCGUAUCAAGAAGCUCGACCAGGAAUUGGCCAUCGACCCGCUUUUCAAGAAGGCCCUUUCCGACUUCGAUGAAGGUGGUAUCAAGUCGCUUUUGCUCAAUACUCUUCGAAUAGAUGCUUCUAUGCGGGUCGUUUUUGACGCCACAACAAAUGCCCCUCGGGAAACAACUGAAGACUCAGAAGAAUACGAAGCCCCUCUGGAGGAUCUCGAGCUUCGUCUGGACGAAGUUGACGUGGAAAAGUUGAAAGCGCUUGUAUUGAAAGAUGAUGAUGAACUAGAAACGGCUACUGUGGUGCCCACCAUGCCAGAACUAGAAGCUGUUUUCAACGACAUCGGUAACGCCAAAAGUGUCCUUGGCGAUGUCAAUUCCAGACUUGGAAAAGACGACGAAGGUGCGGGCCAGGAUAAUGAGGAACCGGAGCAGCCUGCUUACGACGAUUUCGGCCUUGACGAUAAAGAUAUGCCUGAUAUGCCCGACAUGCCUGAAGAUGGUCAUUUCAUGGAUUUUGCAAACAUGGAUGCUGAGCUAGCGCAAGCGCCUGUUUCAGACGAUGAAGAAGUCCCAGUCGAGAGUGAGGUUGUCACCGGCCAUGUUCUAGAUCAAGAGUUGAUGUCUUACUUCGACAAAACCAUGAAAGAUACCUGGAGGGGUCCCGAGCAUUGGCGUGUGGCGGCAUUCAAGAAGCACAAAAACUUUGACACGCCUAACAGCAACAAAUCCCGUGCCACUACUCCACAACCCGAUACUGCGCAACCAAAACGUAAGAGAAAGGAGCAAAUCACCAUCGACUUUUUCAAAGAUGAAGACGAGGACUACAUCGAGGAUAUUUUCCAGCCUGCCAAGAAGGCAGCACCUAUACUACGAUCUCCAGAUUCCAUCGACACAACCAACUAUCACCUCCUACCGGACGACAUUCAGUUUAAUUCGAAGAAGUUGGUUACACUUUUCAUCAAGCCAGACAGAUCUAUAGUGACCUUCUCUAGAAGAGCUAAGCUGCUUAGGAAUGACACCGAUGUUCUUGAAAAGGCUGCAUACACUGAUCAAGCCUACUUCGCUGGCGAAUACCAGAAACAGGAACAAGAAAGGGAAGAAGAGGAGCGCCAGGAGAAACUUGCUGCGUCCUUUCAUCAAGCUGAGUUGGAAGACUACGAUAAUUACGGCGAUAUUGACUUCAAUGACGUACUUGGAGGUGCAGAUCUGGCUAACGCAGAGCUGAAGCCUGAAAGUCAGUUCGUUACCGAGGGUCGUAGAGCCCGUCCAGAGUAUGUCAAUUUUUCACGUGUGGCUAAAAGGGUCGAUAUCAAGCUCCUUAAGGACAAUCUUUGGAAGGCAAUUAAGCCCGAACCGGUUGAGGCGCCCGUUGCAGACAAUGAGACCCCCGAAAAGGAACAAACCCCGGUCAAGAUCGAGACGGACUUCACUGAGGUCGCUCAAAAGAUCGGCAAGAUGUACAAGCCGGAAGAGAAGAAGGAUCUUUCUACAAGUUUUUGUUUUAUUUGCAUUCUCCAUUUGGCCAACGAACACAAGCUUGAUUUGUCGUCCAAUGACAAUCACGAUGAUUUACGAAUCACAGGCUUCUAG